AUGGAAGACGGCAAUGGCGGCCAUCAUCACCACAGGAAGUGCUCUGCCGCUGGCAGCAGCAGCAACAAUGGCGGGAAGCGAGCGGCGGCUGCGGCGACGGCUGCGCCGGGGAAGGACGGCACGCGGUACCGCGGCGUCCGGCGUCGGCCGUGGGGGCGUUACGCGGCGGAGAUCCGCGACCCGCAGUCGAAGGAGCGGCGAUGGCUGGGCACCUUCGACACCGCCGAGCAGGCCGCCUGCGCGUACGACAUCGCCGCCCGCGCGAUGCGGGGGCUCAAGGCCCGCACCAACUUCCAUUAUCCCCCCACCACGGUCGUGCCGCCGCCUCCGGUGCCGGCUGCCGCGGCGGACCACUUGUUCCUGCAUCCCUCGGAGUGGCCGUGGCCAGGCGUUCCCCACAUGAACCAGUCUCCGCUCGUCCCCCAUCAUCAGCACUCUGCUUUCAGCCCUCUUCUCCUUCGGGACCUCAUCCACCACUCUUCCUCUCCUUUGCACCACGAUCCACCUGCCGCUUACCCUUCCUGCUCUUCUCUCUCCUGUUACGCUUCUGCUGCUGCCGCUGCAAUCACCAAUGCAACCACGAGUGGCAUCGGUGGUCCUUUUGGCAAUGGUUCCAAUUACGACCCGAUCGAUGCGUCCUUUCCCGCUGCUUCUUCCUCGGACCUGUCCUCCCUACUGCUGCAGCAACAGCAGCACCCAAUUUGCACCGGUUCAUCACCAGCCGCAGCCGCUUCUUCCCUGCCCGAACUCCCCACCGAAUUCGACGAAGACUGCGACUUCUUCCACACCGAGCCACCCGAAUCCGGACUCCUCCAGGAGAUCGUGAACGGCUUCUACCGACAGCGAGGCACUGACACGAACUGCUCACUGAAGGAUAAGCGCAACCAACGGGAUGGCGAGAACGCAGUGGAUCAUCAUCUCGGUUAUGAGAUCCAGGUGCCUCUGAAGCAAGAGCAGAACACGUUCGAUGCUGCGGAUUGCUUUGAUGAAGCUGGCAACUUCCCCAUGAUCCCUCAGGGACUCCUGGAGGACAUCAUCCAGUACCCGGACUUCUUCGAGAUCUUGUCCGCCAAGCUACGCAAAGCUUAA